AUGAUCGGAAUUCUCAAAUUGUAUGAUGGUUGUGCGGUGGGAUUAGGUUUAAAGAUUCUUCGAACUGAGGUUUAUAACAAUGGACGUUUGCCCCCGAAGACCAUUACAAUAGGAGGAGGAGGAGAGGGUAAAAAUCAAAUCCUCAUAGGACUUGUGUUGGGGAUAUCAAUGUUACGUGUAGGUGAGAUGGGGUUUGAUUCUAACAAGAAAAGCUGCAAGAAUCAUACAUAUGAGAGGGACAGAAAAGAGAGGGAGCUCCUUUUUAAGAAUAAAGCUAAUCGAGUUAAUUUUGGAGGGUGCCACCAACUCCACACAGAAGAAGAAGAAGAAGAAGCAAAGAAGGUAUCUAAAAGUGGGGGGUUUUGUAGUUGA